GCCAAUGUGCAAUACCACCAUGUCUGUGUCUGCCGAUGGUGCUGUCAGCGCCUCUCAGAUUCCCGCUUCGGAGCAAGAGACCCUGGUUAGACCAAAGCCAUUGCUUUUGAAGUUAUUAAAGUCUGUUGGUGCACAAAAAGACACUUACACUAUGAAAGAGGUCAUAUUUUAUCUUGGCCAGUACAUUAUGACUAAAAGAUUAUAUGAUGAGAAACAACAACAUAUUGUAUAUUGUUCGAAUGAUCUUCUAGGAGAUUUGUUUGGAGUACCAAGCUUCUCUGUGAAAGAGCACAGGAAAAUAUAUACAAUGAUCUACAGAAACUUGAUAGUAAUCAAUCAGCAGGAACCAUCAGACUCUGGCACAUCUGGGAGUGAGAACAGGUGUCACCUUGAGGGUGGGAGUGGACAAAAGGACCCUGGGCAAGAGCUACAGGAAGAGAAACCUUCAUCUUCAGAUCUGGUUUGUAGACCAUCUACCUCAUCUAGAAGGAGAGCAAUUAGCGAGACAGAAGAAAAUUCAGAGGAAUUGUCUGGUGAACGACAAAGAAAACGCCACAAAUCAGAUAGUAUUUCUCUUUCUUUUGAUGAAAGCCUGGCUCUUUGUGUAAUAAGGGAGAUAUGUUGUGAAAGAAGUAAUAGCAGUGAAUCAACAGAGACUCCAUCAAAUCCGGAUCUGGAUGAUGGUGUAAGUGAACAUUCAGGUGACUGGUUGGAUCAGGAUUCAGUCUCAGAUCAGUUCAGUGUAGAAUUUGAAGUUGAAUCUCUUGAUUCAGAAGAUUAUAGUCUUAGUGAAGAAGGACAAGAACUCUCAGAUGAAGAUGAUGAGGUAUAUCGAGUUACUGUGUUUAAGACCGGGGAAAGUGAUACAGAUUCAUUUGAAGAAGAUCCUGAAAUUUCUUUAGCUGACUACUGGAAGUGUACUUCAUGCAAUGAAAUGAAUCCUCCCCUUCCAUCGCAUUGCAAUAGAUGCUGGGCCCUUCGUGAGAACUGGCUUCCUGAAGAUAAAGGGAGAGAGAAAGGGGAAGUACCUGAAAAAGCCAAAUUAAAAAACUCAACGCAGGCAGAUGAGGGCGUGGAUGUGCCUGAUGGUAAAAAAACUCUGGCAAAUGAUUGCAGAGAGUCAUGUGUGGAUGGAAAUAAUGAUAAAGUCUCCCAAGCCUCCCAGUCACAAGAAAGUGAGGACUAUUCUCAGCCAUCCACUUCUGGUAGCAUUAUUAACAGCAGCCAAGAAGAUGUUAAAGAGUUCGAGAAGGAAGACUCACAGGACAAAGAAGAGUGUGUGGAAUCUAGUUUUCCCCUUAAUGCCAUUGAACCUUGUGUGAUUUGCCAAGGUCGACCUAAAAAUGGUUGCAUUGUUCAUGGUAAAACAGGACAUCUUAUGUCAUGUUUCACAUGUGCAAAGAAGCUGAAGAAAAGAAAUAAGCCCUGCCCGGUAUGCAGACAACCAAUUCAGAUGAUUGUGCUAACUUAUUUCAACUAGCUGACAUCCAUAAAAGUAUAUAUUUUUAAUUUGAACUUGAUAAGCCUAAAAAUUUAGACAAUACAAAUUUUAUAAACAUACCUGAAAGCAAGAAAUGUAAGGACAUUUAAAUGUAACUUAUUUAGUGCUAGUGUGGAAAGAUUUAAUAUUUAAAAUGUAGAUACUCUCAAACACCAGUCCUUAGUUUCUCUCCUCUCAGAAGCCCUUUCUUAUUUUGGUGCUAUGUUAUGCAGGUAGGUAUACCACUUACAAUAAUUAGUAAGAAUCUUCAGUGAAAAAGCAAAAAUAACCAGAAUUGGUAAUAAUAAUUGAGAUUAUAGAUGAUAACAGACAUAAUAAAUGUUGUUCAACAUUCAGCUUUGAAAAUUGGGUCUUGUUUUACACACUUACCGAUUACUAAUGUCUUGAUUGUCUAAAUUUUUAGGUUUAGCAUAUGUAUAUUAUUUAUUGAUUUCUAAAUAAACGAUUUAUUGAACAUUUAA